UUGAAAAAAAGUUUACAUAGAGUUCCGAUAAAAAACACAAAGCGCUGCGUUUGCAUUAUAUGAUUCCAAGAACUUAAAUUCAUCAUGAAUGCUGCACCGGGAUUUGAUGAAGAUUUUUUAGAAUUUGAAUCUAAGGUAACGCAAGUCAUGAAGUUAUUGGAGGACAUAAAUAAUGCAAAUAAAAAAGAAGAUGAAGACAGUCUUACCAAAAAGCCAGUGCAAAAAAAUCUCUUUGAUGAUAUUGAUGAAAAUAAUUUCAUAGUAACCGUCAAAGAAAAUCGCACAGUAUUGAAUAGAAGUGCUUUGGACAAUGAUGAAGUUGAUACGAAGACGACAAAUAAUCAAAUGGAUAAAUUUACAUUCAUGCAACAAUUGGAAAAGGAUGCAGAGGAAAGGACCAAAGCGCGUAGAGAGCGUGAGAGAUUGGCGCAACAUUUUAGAACUUUGGGCAAUGAGGCAUUCCAUAAAAAAAGCUAUGAAAAAGCGAUUAAUAUGUACACAAAGGCUAUGGAACACAUAAGGGAUAGUCCAAUUUUAUACAAUAAUAGAGCCUUGGCCUAUAUGAAAUUGAAAAAUUAUAAACGUGGUAUCAUGGAUUGUGAUUAUGUCCUAAACAAAUUAGAGGAGAAAAACAUUCGUAGUUGGCUAUAUCGUGCUGCGGCUUAUAAACGUUUGGGAGAUGAAAAGAAUUUUGAAACUAGUAUUAAGCUGGCCCGCAAAAAUAAUCCUAAAAAGGGCGAUUUUAUUGAUGACUUUUUGGAGAAAUUAAAAAUGGAAUCCAUUUGAAAAACUCGAAACAAGUAUAAUAUUAACAUUAAAAAAAUUAAAA